GAUUCAAACACCCAACCUUGGUCCUAGACGUUCACUAUGGCUCCCCAGAACCCGGAUCAAAGUUCCGAGCACAUCGAUACCAGUUUUGUCCCUGAGCUUUGUCGAUCAGGGUGUUACAGAGCAUACGAAGAGACUCAGAAGUAUCGAAAGACGCCUGAACUAUGCAGAACGGACUCUGUAUUCACCAAAGACUUUGCUGCUUGCAGGACAUGCAUUUUGCACCAGGGCAAGGAAGGUGAUGACUGGACUAAUGCCAACAAGUUUUAUCUGCAGCCAGCAUUUAGGGAAUACGUUGAGUACUGCGACAGUAUUCCCAUUCAGAGUGCGCCAAGGACGUCCUCAACCUCGACAAGAUCCGUCAUAACAACCACCACAAGCAUUAAAAGCUCGGCGACUACCCAGAUCACCACCACAGUCUUGGUAACAGAACCACCUGUAGCGACGAGUUCAUUCACUUCGACAUCAACUACGGAGAUCGCCGUGACCUCCAAGCUUGCAGUAGAAACAAGCACACUUGUUAUACGAGUCAGCUCCGUGGUGAGAAGCCCAGUCUCCUCGCCCGCCUCAGCUGGACCGACCACACCCCCCACACCAACUCCACUACCUGGUCCACCCUCUCUCUCUCUAACAACAACAGUUACCAUCAUCGUCAUCCCAAUUUUCUCGGCCAUUCUUCUGGUGGCAGGGCUUAUAUAUCUCUAUUUUCACUUGCGCAAGCGGCGGAAGCAAAAGAAGGCAACCCUAUCCGUCUUCAAAGAGGGAGACACGCUAUCCAAGACUUCGACUUGGGAGAAGGGAGAGAUGAGUGCCCGGAUAUCGACGUUGCCACGGCAAGAGAUGGAAGACUGGAGAGGUGUGAAAGAUUUGGGGCCGCAUGAAUUGCCAGUGGGGGCAUUUGCACAGGAGAUUAUGGAUGUAAAAGAUGGCGAUGGGUUUGAUGAGGGAUCCUCAGAAGAGGGCAAAACGGUGGCUGAUUCGCCCACUCUUUCAGGGAGUGAGAUGGUGGGCAGUGAGACCACAGCUGAUUCUCCUAUUCUCGAGUCGAGUGAAGUUGCGGGCACGAGUUCUUCACCGUGA